AUGCAACCAAGUGGCCCUUUCCCUCUCCUCGCUGUCGAACUGGUCGAGCUGAUCGCAGAGUCUCUCGAUGACAAUGAUCUCUUGGAAAUACGUUUAGUCUGCAGUGAACUCCAGCGAAAAACGUUCCAUUACUUUGCACAACGCUUCUUCUCUUUGAUCAGGACCGACCUCUCCAACGAUAGCCUACGUCGGAUCAAUGCAAUUUCCCACCAUGCAGAGCUGCGCUUUCACGUCCACAGCCUUGCUUUCAUGCUCCGGAAUCAGAACGGCGUUGGCCACGGUCUGGUUUGGGACCGCCACCCCUGGGGUCCCGUCUCAGCACCCCUCGAUGUCCCGGUCAUUCGAUCUCUGCGAAAUAAUUUGAUCCAUAAUUUGAUACAUUGUCGAUCUUUUUUCAUAUUUUGUCGAUACCCAGAAGGCCACCCUGAUAUGAGCCAUUUCACUAUUACUGAUGUUGUCGCGGUCUUUUUUGCCCUCGUCGAUUCUUAUCUGCCGGUUUCUGCAUUCCACCUGAUCUAUGCCAAUAGCCAUUCAAGUCCUUUGCUCAUGGAUAUGCGCCGUCUUCCCAAGUUAAUUUACCACCAACCAGAGUUCAAGCUUGUCUGGGCCAAUCUGAAAAAGCUGUCUCUGGAGCAACGCCUCACGUUGGAUAACUUCAACUUUCUUCUGGAGCUAGUUCUCGGAGCUCCAAAUAUUCAGACACUGGGGUUAAACCUGGGCUUCCACGACAUGGCCACUGAGUUUAUGCAUGAGCUAGCCGAGAAGGCCAAUUUCCCCAGGCUGUGUGAUCUCGCUCUGGUCCGCACGGCCGUGCGGGGUCCUGAUCUCCAUAAAUUGCUCGGCAAUGUUCGUGACAAUUUAACCGCCCUUGAACUGAAUCGCGUUACUUUAGUUCCGGGCAGCGAUUGGACUCCAUUCCUUCAAGAGCUUUGUGAGGCAUUCCCAGCCUUGCAUCGUAUCUCGCUAUAUUACCUGUGGGCCAGCACGCCGGCCAAGAGUCUACACAACUUCCAAAACAUCCAAAAGAUAUCUUCCUGGUGUACUUCCAAAGAUCAAGAUUUAUAUGUACAUUAUUCAGAUGAUGUUCAAAACCCCACGAUUCUUGGGGUAGAGUACUCUGGGUCCAAGGUGUCACAAAUACUGAGCCUGUUGCAAGCCACGUCAUGA